AUGCCAAUAAAUAGUGGAGUGUCUGACUCUGAGUGUGUCCUAUCAUAUGGUCUAUGGUCAAAUGAUUCGGAGGUUGAAGACGACGGUGACGUUGUGAAUUACAGUGCACAUUUUGUGACAGACACGGUUUUUCUAACGUUUGACGAAGCAUUUACAUGGGCGGAUGCUGUUGCAAUAAAUCUGGGAUUUAUUUUAGUGAAAUCGUCUUUCAACAAACAGAGGGAUGGUCGACCAGUUCGAUAUUUAAGAUGUGACCGGGGACGCAGGAGUAAGCCGAGAGAUCUUGAGAACGCAAUUCGGAAGGACACCAAAACCAAGGGCAUUGGUUGUCCUUUCUACAUCAAGAUAUGUUACGAGUUCGUCACCAAUACUUGGUUUAUCCGGGCGAAAGAUGAUGUAACUGGGACCCACAACCAUCCAAUGAUUGCGUAUCCAGAGGGUCAUCGUAAAAUUAGUGGGUUGAGCCCGAAUGCGAAGCAGGUUGUGCGUGACAUGACGAAGUCUAAGGUUGCACCGCGUAACAUCAUGGCGACUAUUGCGGAGCAAUUUCCUGAUGAUCAUCCAAACAUCAGACACAUCUACAACUGCCGGAAUGACUUCAGAGAGGAGAUGUCUGAUGGGAGAGGAGUUGUUCAGCAAUUUCUACAUUUGGCGAGACAGAGUCAGUAUGUUUACUGGGUCAUGUCCGAUGAUGAAGGCGUUUUACAGCACGCCUUUAUGGCGCAUCCAGUCAUGGUAGACAUCCUACGGACGUACCCCUAUGUGAUCGGUAUGGAUUCCACUUACAAGACUAACCGAUACGGGAUGCCGUUCUUUGAGAUAGUUAGCGUGACACCGACAAACCAGAAUUUUCUCGUCGCUUACGUGUUCAUGCGCAACGAGAGCACAGCAAGCUAUCGAUGGGUUUUGCAGAGGUUGAGAGACGUGAUUGGGUAUAAUAAGGAGCCGUCGGUUUUCUUGACAGACCGUGAGCUUGGACUAUGUGCUGCAUUGAGGGAAGUGUUUCUAGGAACCUCGCACUUACUUUGUCUAUGGCACAUUAACAAAGAUGUGGAGGCUCGGGUCACUGCUAUGUUCAAAAGCAAGAAAAUCGGUGCGUCUUUCAAAAACGGAAAAUGGAAACGUAUCAUGGACGCUGCAACCGAGGAAGAUUAUGAGGCCGCUGUAGAAAACAUGAAGGAUAAGUGGGCAAGUUUUCCAGCAGUGAUACAAUAUGUAGAGAACACAUGGCUUUGUCAUAAAACGAAGUUUGUGACAUUUUGGACAAACCAAGUUCUACAUUAUGGCAACACCAGCACUUGCAGAGUUGAGAGCCAACAUUCGGCCGUGAAGAUGUGGUUUGAUUCCUCGACAGGUUCUUUGGAUACUGUAUGGGCUCUAGUUCAUAGCCACAUUGGUAAUCAAAUCAUCGCAAUUCGUAAUGGUUUGGAGGCUUCUAGGUCAAAGAUAGGUCAAAAGUACCGACAGUUGCCACUGUCACGUAUAAACGGGAAGGUGUCUCAGCAUUGUUUGAAGGUUCUCGAUGAGGAGAUAAGGAGGAUGAGGGAGCUGAGUUAUCAAGUGCACGAACAAUGUGGAUGUGCAAUGCGUGUGACCCACGAGUUGCCCUGUGCAUGCCAGAUACAUGAUUCGCUAGCUGCUGGGACAGGAUUGUACAUAAGGCAAAUUCACCCGUUUUGGAGGACCUUGGUUAUUGGUUCUGGAGAGCACGGGACGGUUCCUGACAAUGACUCGACCGAGGAUGCCGCACAUUUUCGUUCUCUGAUGGAGGAGGUGUUUGAUAGUGAUCCUGCUGUUCUUCGAAACGUGUCUCGCAUCAUUGAAGAGGAGCUGCAUCCGGAUCAUUCCGAUCUCAGAGAGCCUGCUGUAAACCACCGGGUUCGUGGUCGACCAAGACACAAUGAUACAAGACGUGAUCGUUCUUAUUUUGAACAUGUAAACCGCCAAUACACUGUACGCGGCGCACGACAAACAGGAGAUGUAAACGACAUUAGCCAAAGCCGUUAUCGACACAUGCUUCCAGGGCCGAUGUUGCCUUACAUCACAGGAUGGAAGGAUGUCAUUGGCGAUGGGAACUGUGGGUUUCGUUGUGUGGCCGAGUUCUUCUUCGGUUAUCGAGCCCUAUAUGAGAGGAUUUAUGGGCUUGGAAGACUUGAGAUCAAUGUGCAGCGUAUUCGAUGGGACGGUGGGGCGGUUGAUUCCCGUCAUUGGAUGGUUGCAAUACAAGAUUUAUUUCCUAUUGCGACUUGGUUCAACGCAGCGAUUUUUUGGAAGGUUUUACAGAGAGAAAGUGUCAAAGAGUGA